AGUGCUAGGAUCAGCAAGUCUCGUCGCCUCCCACUCUGCGCGCGCGCCGCCUCACUUCGAGUUCGACUGCGAGCGAACUGCACGAGCGGCUUUAGCGGCACUGCUCACUGCUGACACACCAAUAGCGAUCAAAGUUAACAAGUGAACAAGUGACUGUGAAAAGUGAUAUCAUUGUUUUAUCCUUCGUCCUCCUUCAGAUGCCAGUGUGUUAUGAGACAUGACGCGGGACAGUUACGAAAUGAAGCCGAACCGCUUGUCCAGGGGCGGCUCCCUGUUCGGAAACGAUCCUCAGGUGCAACUAAGGACUGCGCUUCGUGCUAAUGACUUCGCAACGUUUAAGAAACUUGUGAGCUACGGCGCCGUCGAUCUUGAAUAUGUUUACCCAUAUCCUGAUCAUAAAACUUGUCUUGAAUUAGCCGUUUCAGAACCUAAUAAAAUUGAGUUUCUAAAACUGUUAUUACAACAUGAGGUACAAGUGAAUAGAAUUAAUGAAACAUACGGCGCUGCUCCACUACACUUUGCUGUAGAAAAUGGAAAUCUUGAAGCAUUGGACGCACUAUUAGAAGACGACAGAAUAGACGUGAACAUUAAAAGCAAAGGAAAUACUGCAUUACUCAUGGCAAUAAAAAAUAUACAAGACUUAGAUGAUGAUCGUGAACGCGAGCUAGACGUAUAUGAAGAAAUGGUUGAGAGACUACUAAAGGCUGGAUGCAAUGCCAAUUCUCCAGACUUAAAAGGCAUUACUCCCGUUUAUUCAGCAGCAAAGCAGGGUCUGGAAAGAAUUGUGACUUACAUUUUAGAUUAUUCAAAGGAUCCUGUCGAUUUGAAUCUUUAUAAAGACAUCCGCGGCAGAACAGCGCGAUAUUAUUUGCAAGAAGCUUUUCCUCAUCUAAUAGCGAAGUUUGAAUCCAUGGCAGAAAACGAACAGAGAAAAAAAAUUAUUGACGUGGACAAAUUAUUUUCUUAUUUAAGUCGACAUGAAGAAGACAUUUUUAAUGAAGAUUUUAAAGAACUCGUUAAAAGAAAUGAGCAUCGACCAAUGCUCGCGGCUAAUAACGGAAUGAAUACCAUGUUACAACUUUCUGUAGAUAAGGGUUUUGAAAGAGCUACAUUGACUUUGCUUAAUUCAGGAGCAGAUCCAAAUGCUACAUGUUCUGGAAAUACGAUACGUCCUAUAGCUAUCGCCUGUUAUAACGGAUAUUGCAAAAUACUCAAAAUGUUUAUUGACAAUGAGUCAACUUUAUUUGAUCCAGUAAACAGCGAAUCUCUCGUGCAAUGGACUGUAAAAGGUAUGAAGUCUGCUUGUAAAAACCCUAAAGCAGAUUUCAAAGGCUGUUUGAACUUACUGUUAACCAAUCCUAAGGUUAAUAUUAACAUUAAUCAUCAAGAUAUUAAAGAUAACACCGCACUUCAUUAUGCUGCCAGAAAUGGAGAUAAUGAUACAGUUUUAGAGCUGCUUAGAAAAGGGGCUUGCGUAGGUUUGUAUAACAGAUUCAACGAACCACCGUUAGCAGAUAUAAAUGCAAGAACUUUAGAAACAUUUUUGGACGAAUGCAUUGAAACAAAUGGCGAACGACCGAGUGACGAAGAUUACGAAAUUCGGAUAAAAUACAGUUUUCUCGUUUAUCCUAAUAACUCUUUAGAGAAUGAGCUAUGCAAAGUGCCGUUGAUGGAUAACUCGAAUAAUAACAAUACAGUUAAAGAGUAUGAGGCUAUUCUAGCUCCAGAAACAGAAGCGCUUUUAUACAUGACUAGAAACGAAGAAUUGAGGCCACUUUUGAAACAUCCAGUAAUAACUAGUUUUCUUUAUUUAAAGUGGCAAAGAAUAAGCUGUCUUUUUUAUGCAAACAUAACUUUUUAUUCACUUCUGUGGUUAUGUUUAAUGCUCUAUAUAAUAUUGGGAUAUGGAGUCGACAAACAACAGUCAAAGUCCGUAGAAGCAAUAAAUGUUUUAACCUACGUAGGAGCUUGUAUUGGUCUAAUACUUCUAGUAAUUCGAGAAAUAUUUCAAUUACUAGUGUCGCCGACAAGAUAUUUACAAAGUAUUGAAAAUUUAAUGGAGAUUGCCUUAAUAUUCGUAACGGCAGCGAUUUUGUGUAACGAUUCAGCGUCAGAAUCCACAAAGCAACAGUUGUCUGCAGUCGCUAUUCUAUUGUCAUCCGCGGAGCUUGUUUUACUCAUAGGACAAUUUCCUACCCUUUCAACAAAUAUCGUAAUGUUGCGAACUGUUUCUUGGAAUUUCUUCAAAUUUUUACUUUGGUACUGCAUUUUAAUAAUAGCUUUCGCUUUGAGUUUCUACACGCUAUUUAAAAAAGGUGAAGAACAGGAAGACCAAAAAGCACCAAACCCUAAUAAUACAGGCCAAGAGGAGGAAGAAGAGGAAGAGUUUUUCGAAGAUCCAGGAAGGUCUCUAUUUAAAACUAUUGUAAUGUUGACUGGCGAGUUCGAUGCUGGGUCUAUCAAAUUCAGCACAUUUCCAGUGACAAGUCACAUAAUAUUCAUCGUUUUCGUAUUCAUGGUUCCCAUUGUCUUGUUUAAUUUACUCAAUGGUUUGGCAGUUAGUGAUACACAGGAGAUAAGAGCUGAUGCUGAGCUAGUGGGACACAUCUCAAGAGUUAAGCUUAUAUCUUAUUUUGAAAGUGUGCUUAUUGGAAAAAUGUAUACACAACCACUAAAAUGCUGGUCCUGUUUGCCCCCUUCUCUGCAAGAUUUAAACAUUAUCAAGCCACAGAUGCUUUGCAUAAAACCUUUGGCAAAAAGAAUCAGUUUAUUCCCAUCAUUUCUGCCUCAAUAUCGAAUAACAGUGAAACCUAACCAAAACGACAGAAUAAAAAUUCCACACCCUGAACUAACUGGGAAAUUUGGUGAUGAUUAUGAAGAUAUAGAAAGCGGCAAAUGUUGCUUUGAACAGUGUCAAGCUUUUAGAUUAGACAGAAAAAUUGUCAAAAACGCCAAAAUAAUUAUCAACAAGAGGACAUACGUUUCCGAAUUCGACGAAAUGAAAAAUAUGCUUUCUAAAUAUGAAACAAAAAUCUCAAGUAUAGAAAGUACACUGAAGAAAGUUCUUCAGCAGUUGGAGGCACGUUAACCCUUUUAGUUUCGUAAAGUUUUUAUUUAAUACUAAUAAAGUAUGACAACAUUUCCAUCGAAAAUUUUAAUUUUAUAAAUUAAGAAUAUUUUUUUAAUAUUGUAUUCUAUAACACUUCCUUUCCGGGAAAAAAGUUAUAAUGUGUUUAUUUAUUUUUGUAUUCACGCACUUUUCUUUGUUCAGUUACUGAUGUCUAUGUGUGUCUUCUUAAUAAAUAAAUACGCGAUUUACUGUC